UCUUUUUUUUCGCCUGAAGGAUGUGGGGCUAUGACUGUUGCCGCCGUUACAAUCAGCAUUUCUUUAGCUGGCAAGAUUGGCGAUGAACAUAUUACAUGGCAAAUACCUAAAUUUACGACUAUCUAAUAGACCGGGUUUACAGUAUUUUGGAAGAAACCGAUUGACACCGAAGAAUUGCCAUACUAAUUACAAGUCGUCGGAUAUGCAGGAUGACAUCACGUACUGCAGCUGCACAACACUGAACUGGGCCAGCCUUUUCUGUGAAAAUGCAUAUCUGGAUAUUGAACAUAAUCGUGUUGGUUGGCACAUCUCUAAGCUUCAUAGAGAUGUAUGAAAAUUAUGGAGAGAUUUGCAGAAAUCUGUGCACCUGUGAGGAAAAAGAUGGCAUACUGACUGUGAGUUGUGAGAACAGAGGAAUCGUGCGACUCUCAGAAAUUAGCCCUGUGCAUUUUGCAAUGUACCAUCUAUUGCUGACCGGAAACCUUUUGAAAAAACUCGCUUCCAACGACUUCAUCAAUUACGCUGGUGUUACAAUUUUGCAUUUAGGUAACAAUGACAUCUCAGAGAUUGAAACAGGAGCGUUUAAUGGACUUCAGGGAUUAAAGAGGCUGCAUCUGAACAACAACAAAAUUGAUGUCUUGAGGGACGAUACUUUUGUUGGCCUGGAAAGUCUGGAAUAUCUACAGAUUGAUUACAAUUACAUCACCAACAUAGAGCCUAAUGCCUUGAGCAAGCUGCAUCACCUGGAAGUACUGAUUUUGAACGACAACUUGUUGUCAGCUCUGCCCACCAACAUUUUCCGAUACGUCCCUUUGACUCACCUUGACCUGAGAGGGAACAGGUUAAAAAUGUUCCCUUACAUCGGCCUGUUGGAACACAUGGACAAAGUCGUGGAAUUACAGCUGGAGGAGAAUCCGUGGAAUUGUUCCUGUGAGCUUAUUGCCCUCAAGGCAUGGCUGGAGAGUAUCUCCUACACUGCCUUAGUGGGCGAGGUGGUUUGUGAGACCCCAUUCCGUCUGCACGGGAGGGAUUUGGAUGAGGUCUCCAAACAAGAACUGUGCCCCAGAAGGGCCAUCUCUGAAUAUGAGAUGAGGCCGCAGCCGCCUCUUAGCACGACGGGAUAUUUCCAGACGACCCCAGCAGCUGUGACAGCCUCCGCCACCUCAUCCGCAGUCUUACGGUCCUCUUCAAGGCCCACCAAGGGCACCCGCCAAUCAAGCAAAUCUAGGUCCAAACCCACCUCCCGCAUCCCCUCCAACAACCCGUACAACUACGGUCCGAUCAUUGCGUAUCAGACCAAAUCUCCUGUGCCUUUGGAUUGCCCCACUGCCUGCACUUGCAAUUUGCAAAUUUCAGACCUUGGCCUGAACGUGAACUGCCAGGAGCGAAAGAUCGAGAGCAUCGCUGAUUUAAAGCCCAAACCGUACAAUCCCAAAAAGAUGUAUCUCACAGGGAACUACAUCCCAGUGGUACGCCGGUCCGAUUUUGUAGAGGCCACUGGUUUGGAUCUGCUUCACCUCGGGAACAAUCGGAUAGCUCUGAUUCAUGACAGAGCCUUUGGGGAUUUAACAAACUUGCGUAGGCUUUACCUGAAUGGCAAUCUAAUUGAUCGUCUAACAGCAGAUAUGUUUUAUGGGCUGCAAAGUUUGCAGUACCUGUAUUUAGAAUACAAUGUGAUCAGAGAAAUUUUGCCAGGCACCUUUCGCUUUGUGCCCAAUCUCCAGUUGCUUUUCCUCAAUAACAACCUUCUGAAAACCUUACCCGGGGGCAUAUUUACUGGUAUGACUCUUGCCAGGCUUAAUCUCCGCAGUAACCAUUUUCAGAAUCUGCCCGUGAGCGGCGUCUUAGAUCAGCUGAAAUCGCUGGUGCAGAUAGAUCUGCAUGAGAACCCGUGGGAUUGCUCCUGUGAUGUGGUGGGCAUGAAGAUCUGGCUGGAGCAGCUCAACACUGGCACUGUGGUGAACGACGUGAUAUGUGGCUCUCCAAAGAGGCUGUCUGGGGAGGAUAUGCGGUCCAUUAAAUCGGAUCUCUUGUGUCCGGAUUACUCUGAUGUGAUUGUGUCGACGAUGCCUCCUUCAGAAGAGCCUUUCCCAGGCAGCGUCACGACUGUAGAAACUUCCCUGAAAUAUAACACACCUUCCAGCACAGUUCCCCUGUCAGUUCUGAUCCUUAGUCUGCUAUUGGUGUUUAUAAUGUCCGUUUUUAUUGCUGCGGGGCUAUUUGUGGUAGUAAUGAAGAGACGCAAAAAGUCUCAAAACGACAGGAGCAGUACGAACAACUCUGAUGUCAGCUCUUUCAAUCUGCAGUACAGUCUUUAUAGCAACAGAUCAGUUCCAAAAGUCAAAACCCCAGCUGGGCAUGUUUACGAGUACAUCCCACACCCCUUGGGCCACAUGUGCAAGAACCCCAUCUACAGAUCUAGAGAGGGCAAUGCGGUUGAGGAUUAUAGGGACCUGCAUGAGUUAAAGGUGACAUACAGGAACAACAUGGAUGAAGAAAGGGACAGCAAUUUGCGAAGUCCAAGCUACAGUGUCAGUACCAUAGAACCUCGGGACGAUCCAUCUCCUGUACAAGACGCUGAACAUUUCUUCAGAGGCAUUCUUGAACCUGACAAGCAGUCACCUUCUGGAAACAGUUAUGAGUACAAGUAUGGUGGCCCUGCUUCGUAUACCUACACUCCAAACUUUGAUGUCAGGCGUCAGUUUUUGCAUCCAGAGAGCAUACGAGAGACAAUGCUUUAUGGCACAGCACCCAGUACUGUUUAUGUUGAACCCAACAGAAAUGAAUACUUGGAACUAAAAGCUAAACUUCAAGCAGAGCCGGACUACCUCGAAGUUCUUGAGAAACAGACGACAUUCAGCCAGUUUUAAACAUGUUUGACUGUGUGUGUGUCUAUAUAUAUAUAUAUUACACACGAAAAACAUUUUUGUACAAAACAAUAUCAAAAGCAUUAAUGCAUUAAGUAUUGUUGAAAGGAAAAAAAAAAUAUUAUAGCAGAAACUAUUGUUUAAAGCUGGGGAAGCCUUGACACAAAAUAACGGUCCUUAAAGAACAAUAACUGGGGUGUGCUGGGCUGUAUUACUCUUAUUUUUAAAACUUCAUUGCAUUACAGAAAUGCAAUGCACUC